AGAGAUCAACAUACAACAAACAGACCCCUUAUCAACAAUAACAAUAGAUGACAACAUAAGCAGCAGCCCUAUCACAGCAAAUCAAUCAGAAGAAGAAAAGAUCAAAGAAAUAAAGAGGCUUACAGAACAAUGGAGUGACAUCAAUUUGCACAAAUCCAAUCACAGAUCAAUAGGAGAAUAG